AUGGACAUUGAAGCUGAGAACAUCCGAAAGAAUGUCGAGGCUAAGUUUGGAGCAAUGGUGGUAUGUUGUAUCCUAGGAGUAGGACAACUUGUGGCAUGGAACACAAUCCUCACCAUUUCUGAUUAUUACUACCAAGUCUUCCCUGAGUAUCAUCCUUCGAGAGUUCUUACUUUGGUUUACCAACCAUUUGUCCUUGGAACUAUAUGCAUCAUAGUUUUCAUGGGAAAAACAAACAAAAACCAAAUUCGGAUUAUGAUCGGUUAUACGAUUUUCUUUUUCGGCACUCUUCUUUUAAUUAUUUUGGAUUUGGUAACCAAAGGAGCAGGGGGUUUUUCCGCGUACAUGGUUUUAUGUUCGAUUGUUGCAUGUUUUGGAAUAGCUAAUGCUCAUGUUGAAGGUGCCAUGGUCGGAGAGCUAUCUUUCAUGUGCCCCGAAUUUAUUCAGUCAUUCGUCGUGGGUUUAGGCAUUGCCGGGGCAAUAACAUCUGCAUUGAGGCUUCUUACCAAAGCGUUAUUCGAUAAAUCUCCCAACGGUCUUCGAAAAGGCGCUUUGCUAUUCUUGGUAUUUUCGACAUUGAUCGAGUUCAUUUGCAUUGUUCUCUACUUAUACAUUUUUCCAAAACUACCAGUAGUUAAGUAUUACUAUGCAAAGGCCGAAUCAAUUCAUCGAGAAACAGAAGAGAAAAAAACCAGUCGGUUAAGUAACAAAGAGUUGCUCUAUCAAAACAAGGACCUUGCAGUCAAUCUUUUCCUCAUCUAUGCCUUGACAUUGUCGAUAUUUCCUGGAUUUUUGUAUGAAAACACCGGAAAACAUAAGCUCGGUUCAUGGUACGCUCUUGUACUUGUUGCUUCAUAUAAUGGGUGGGAUGCUUUCUCAAGAUAUAUUCCUCUUAUCGAACACCUAAAACUCAAAUCAGCGAAAUGGAUCACCGCGUGCGUGCUUAUGCGGUUCUUGUUUGUCCCGGCUUUUUACUUCACCGCGAAAAAUGCUGAUCAAGGUUGGAUGAUCUCAUUAACAUCCUUUUUAGGAUUAACUAACGGCUAUCUAACAGCAUGCGUUAUGGCUUUCACACCUAAAAGUAACUACAAUGCUUUGGAGACGAAUGCAUUGGGGAAUUUGCUGGUAGCUUUUAUGUUAGGAGGGGUAUUUGCAGGUGUUUGCCUCGGUUGGCUUUGGCUAAUAGGCACCAAUAGUUCCUUUUAG